AGAGGCAAAAGAAGGUUUCCCUUCAUCCUGGAGGCUUUGAGGGUCGCGCUUCCCCCGGGGCUCCUCCAGUCUCCUCCAUCCUGAGGCGUCCUGGGCGGAGGGCGGGAUCGGCUCCCCCGCCCGGCUCCCUCCCUCCCUCCCGGGGGUUUGCCCUGGGACGCGCCGGCGGCUCCGGGGUUGGCUCCUCGGCGGCGGGCAGGGGUCAAGGGCAGCAGCCGGGGGGAGAUGCCAGCUCCAGGGCAGCGCGGAGGCUCCGGCUAAGCGGGCAGCGGCCACCCCCGGGGGGGACACCCUCCUCCUCCUCCUCCCCUCCCCAGCCCCAUGGCGGGGCGGGCGCCGCAGCGCAGCCUCCCGGCAGCGGCGGCCGCCGCGCUCCUGCUCUUGCCCAUAGUUCUCCACUGUGAAUCCUCUGUGAACCUGACCUUGUCUGUUCUGCUGGAAAAGUACUGUGAAGCUUUGUCAGCCCACACCAAUGUCACAGGUCCGUACUGCAAUGCCACCACUGAUCAGAUCGGAACCUGCUGGCCCAGAACCUCGGCUGGGGAACUGGUGGAGAGACCCUGCCCGGAGUUCUUCAAUGGGAUCAAAUACAACACCACGAGAAAUGCCUACAGAGAAUGCCUGGGCAAUGGGACAUGGGCUUCCAAGAUAAACUACUCUCAGUGUGAGCCUAUUCUGGAUGACAAGAGGAAGUAUGCACUCCACUACAAGAUUGCUCUCAUCAUAAACUACCUGGGGCACUGUAUAUCAGUAGGGGCCCUUAUAGUUGCCUUUAUGCUUUUCUUGUGCUUGAGGAGCAUCAGAUGCCUCCGGAAUAUUAUCCACUGGAACUUGAUCACUACAUUCAUCCUGAGGAAUGUGAUGUGGUUUCUGCUUCAAAUGAUAGAUCACAACAUACAUGAAAGCAAUGAACCCUGGUGUCGAUGUAUUACCACUGUCUACAAUUAUUUUGUGGUGACCAACUUCUUCUGGAUGUUUGUGGAAGGCUGCUACUUGCACACUGCUAUAGUGAUGACUUAUUCCACAGACAAGCUGAGGAAAUGGGUCUUUCUCUUCAUAGGAUGGUGUAUUCCUUGCCCCAUCAUCAUUGCCUGGGCCAUUGGCAAACUAUAUUAUGAAAAUGAACAAUGCUGGUUUGGAAAAGAGCCAGGGAAAUACAUUGACUACAUCUAUCAAGGCCCAGUGAUUCUUGUUCUUCUGAUAAAUUUUGUAUUUCUAUUUAACAUAGUUAGGAUUUUAAUGACAAAGCUGAGAGCUUCAACCACUUCAGAGACAAUACAGUACAGGAAGGCAGUCAAGGCAACAUUAGUUCUUCUGCCUCUGCUAGGCAUCACCUAUAUGCUUUUCUUUGUCAACCCUGGUGAAGAUGACAUUUCCCAAAUUGUCUUCAUCUAUUUCAACUCCUUCCUUCAGUCUUUUCAGGGUUUCUUUGUGUCAGUAUUUUACUGCUUCUUGAAUGGGGAGGUCCGUUCUGCUGCCAGGAAAAGGUGGCACCGCUGGCAAGACCAUCACUCCCUCCGAGUGCGUGUGGCACGUGCCAUGUCCAUCCCCACCUCCCCGACACGGAUCAGCUUCCACAGCAUCAAGCAGACGGCAGCCGUGUGACGCCUCCCACCCCAAAACGCAGCACCUGGUGGCCUUCAGGGUUCUUCUUUCUUCACUCUCCCCGAGCCCCUUUCUUCAGACUUUUUUUUUUUAUUAUUAUUAUUAUUCUGCACUGCUCUCUUUUGCAGUGAGGUGCCCAUCACGUUUUUUGUGGGCUCUCAUAUCCCAUCUUCGUGAUGCUGCUUCAAGGCAACCAGGCGAGAGCCUCUUGGUGUGGGUGGGAGUGAAACAGAUUCAAAGAAGGCAGAGGUUCAACACUGACUGCACCAUGUGGAAGUUCACAAAGUCUAAAACAGCACACUGGCAGGAACAAUCAAUCUUUUUUCUCUUUUUUUUUUGUUUUUAGUUCGUUUGUUUGUACGUUUGUUUGUUUGUUUAUCCCUUCUGUAUUGUGGUGAACAAAGACUGUUUUUAACAUACUGCCCAUCUCACCUUGUACAUUGAUCCCAAAUGAUUUGAGCAGUUUGGUGUGUAGAUAGCCUGUCUCUUUCUUGUUUCUUUGUAAAAAUUCCUUCUCUGCAGAAUUGUCAUUUGAGAACAUGUGGCAGCAAGCAAAUGAGCAUCUGAAAGGUGGUAUGAAAAAUCCAAAUUAAUUCACCUUUCCUGUGCCUCCCUUUGACAGACAGAGGGUUGGUCAUGGCAUCAAUGGACUGUUCAACACAUGGGCAUUUUGCCUGGCAAGAGCCAUGCCCCGUUCAGACAAAAAAUAUUGAAAAGGACAGCAGUAUCUCUGGAUAGGUCUAUAAAAUAUCCCUUUUCCUCUUAGCCCCACGCUUUUGACACAAUGCAAGCAGCCUUUGGAAAGUCUUUGAUUUUUUUCAGCUAAGAGGAUUGGGGUGGGGAAGGACAACAAGACUUGUUUUCUGGGUUUAAAAAAAUACAAAAGGGAAGCAUUGUAAAAAUCAUGAUGAGAACAGAAUGUUUGCAUUAUGAGGAUAGUGCUACGUGCUCCACAAAGAUUAUCUAUUGAGCAUUUUGAACUAGAGCAGAUGUAUCUACUACUAGACUUUUUAUGUGAUGUUCAAAAAUACUGUAUAUUUUCAAUAAUAAACACUACUCUGGGUUGGUUUCAAUAAAA